AUGAAGGCAGCCAUUGCGCUCGCGCUCCUGGGCAUUUGCUGCAGGCUCGCAGCCGCCCAGAGGUGGCAGCCAGCGCUAUCCGACCGCUUUGAUUACCAGCUUGGGGAGCUGUUCGUGGUCCCCACGCACUUCAAGCCCGGCGUCAAUGUGUACGUUCUGGAUGGCUGGGACACCCCCGCCUCCACUGUGGCCUGGCUGCACGGCCAGGGCGCGCGCGUGGUAUGUUACUUCAGCGCCGGAUCCUUCGAGGACUGGCGCAGCGACGCCGGCCAGUUCACAGCGGCCGACAAGGGCCUCGCCAUGGGCGACUGGCCCGGCGAGUGGUGGCUCAACAUCCGCACCGACAACGUCCGCCGCAUCAUGGCGGCGCGCAUCGCGAUGUGCAAGUCCAAGGGCUUCGACGCCGUCGACCCGGACAACGUGGACGGCUACACAAACCCCAACGGCGUUGGCCUGACCGCGGCCGACCAGGCCGCCUUCAACACUUUCCUGGCGGACCAGGCGCACGCGCAGGGGCUGGCCAUCGGGCUCAAGAACGACCUCAACCAGGUGCAGCAGCUGGUCGGCAAGUUUGACUUCUUCGUCAACGAGCAAUGCACCCAGUACAGCGAGUGCGGCAUGUACAGCCCGGCCAAGGCGAUCGGCAAGCCUGUUUGGAACAUCGAGUACACCUCGACCAACUUUGCAAAGGCCUGCCCCUCCCAGGCGUCCUUUGGCAUGCGCACCAUCCUUAAGACUCUCGCCCUCAAGUCUCUGCCUUUCGCCGAGUGCGCCAACAACCCCUGGCCGAUCGCCCGUUGGCAGCCCAGGGCCUCGGACAACCUCGGGUUCCAGAUCAUGUUGACUGCUGCGUACAAGCCGACAAUGUGGCUCAGCAAUGCACGGGUGUACAUCAUCGACUUAUUCCUCAACACCCCCACGGCGACAGCCUCCAUCACUGCCAAGGGCGGCUUCGCCGUGUGCCACUUCAACGCCGGCCAGUUUGACAGCGGCACCCCGGACGCGGCGGCUUUCCUGCCGGCCGACAAGCCGGCCGGCAGCUGGCUGGACAUCAGAUCGCAGAACGUCCGUCAGAUCAUGAGGGCGCGCCUGGAGCUGUGCAAGUCGAAAGGCUUUGUCGGCGUCGUCCCAGACAGCGUGGAUGCGUACAGCAACGCCAACGGCAUCGGCCUCACCGCCUUGGACCAGCUCAGCUACAACCAGUUCCUGGCUGACAGCGCCCAUACUCUGGGGCUGGCGAUCGGCCUUCGGAACGAUCUGGAGCAGAUCCAGCAGCUGCUCCCCUCCUUCGACUUCUUUGUAAACGAGUCGUGCAUGAAGUUCAAUGAAUGCCAGCUCUACAAGCCUGCACAGCUGGCCAACCUGCCCGUGUGGCAGAUCGAGUACGGCACCACGUCAUCCACAACCACGGCCUUCAAGAAUGUGUGCCGCUGCCAGGCAACCUGGGGCAUCAAGUCCAUCUACAAAAAGAACCUGGGCACCUUCCGCACCGCGUGCGCGUCCACGUCCAAGGCGUGUCCCUUCGCCGCCCGGAGGCUGCUGGCGUGA